AGCGUCCCAUUGAAGCUGUCACUUUUUACAAAUCCGCGCAUAUUCAGUGGUUCUAAAUUGAUCGAACAUGACGAUUGUCAUUGGGUUUGAGGGCAGUGCUAAUAAGAUCGGAGUGGGAAUUGUCAGAGAUGGGGAGGUCCUCUCGAACCCCAGGCGCACCUACAUCACUCCACCCGGGCAAGGGUUCUUGCCCAGUGAAACAGCGAAGCACCACCGUGGGGUUAUUCUUACAGUCCUUCGGGAGGCUCUAGAGGAGGCAGAACUAACACCUGCUGAUAUCGACUGUGUGGCCUACACUAAAGGGCCUGGGAUGGGGGCCCCUCUGGUGACCGUGGCUCUGGUGGCUCGGACGGUGGCCCAGCUGUGGGGAAAGCCUCUGCUGGGUGUUAACCAUUGCAUUGGCCACAUUGAGAUGGGUCGACUCAUUACCAAGGCCAAUAACCCAACGGUUCUGUACGUCAGUGGGGGAAACACACAGGUGAUAGCGUAUUCUGAGCGGCGUUAUCGGAUAUUCGGCGAAACCAUUGACAUCGCAGUGGGAAACUGCCUGGACCGAUUCGCUAGAGUUAUCAAAAUAUCUAAUGACCCUAGUCCAGGUUACAACAUUGAGCAAAUGGCUAAGAAGGGCACCCAGUACAUCGAACUACCAUACACUGUGAAAGGAAUGGAUGUGUCCUUCUCUGGAAUACUGUCCUACAUUGAGGAGGCGGCUCAGAAGAUGCUGAGUUCUGAUCAGUGCACAGCAGAGGACCUGUGUUUUUCUCUACAGGAAACGCUCUUCUCCAUGCUGGUGGAGAUCACGGAAAGAGCCAUGGCUCACUGCGGAUCGCAGGAAGUGCUGAUUGUCGGAGGUGUUGGAUGUAACCUGCGUCUCCAGGAGAUGAUGGGAGUCAUGUGUAAGGAGAGAGGAGCUCGCCUCUUUGCCACUGAUGAGAGGUUUUGUAUUGACAAUGGGGCGAUGAUCGCCCAGGCGGGCUGGGAAAUGUUCCGUUCAGGUCACGUGACAGAACUGACAGACUCUUGGAUCACCCAGAGAUACAGGACAGAUGAAGUUGAAGUCACCUGGCGAGGCUGACGUGCCAUUGCGGUAAUCCUUGAAAUAUGAUGGACAGUGGAAAUUAACUAGGCAGCAGUGAUAAAUUGUAUGCUACUGUAACACAUUUCUACUGUAACACAUUUCAGAAGAUUUUUUCCACUUUUUAGCAUGUUCUCAAAGACAUCACAUUUUCUGUUUGUGUUCAUGGCCAAAUGUUUCUGGAUUACAUUUGAGCUCAAGUCAUAAUUCAAUACAAGAAAGAGCAAAGAUUGUUUGUAAUGU